ACUCGAAGACGACGAUCGAGCCGAAGAAGAAGCCGACCGACUUCAAGGUGAAGACCGAGCAAAAAUACCAAAAACCGUUCAAGGACGAUGAGUCGAGACGCGGUGAAAGCAACGACGCCGCCAGCACCGUGACGACGAUCCCGAUGUCGUCGUCGUUGUCGUCGAAACCGAUCGAGGGAACGACCGCGAGAUCGAUGGAAACGAUGGCGAUCACCAUACCGUUUCUACUUCGCGGCGAGCCAGUCGCGACGAACGUCACGGUACCCGUUGUCGAAUCGUCAACUAGCUAUCAUUUCUCGUCGACGAAGGAGAGCAGUACGGAAGGUGUCAGCGCGACGGAGGCGACAACAGCGUCGAGGGGAAGGGCACUGAACAUCUCGGCGCCGGAGCCCACCAAUUCAUUGCACUCGAACAUCACCGACCUUAGCGACGUUAGCAUGGACGACGAUGAUAAAGAAGUGGAAGGCGGCGAGUACGUGGCGUCUCACAACGAGACAGCCGUGAACAUCUCCUCGAGCCUGCUGCCGACGGUGAACAUGUGCAUGGAAGGGAACCGAACGUACACCGUGGGAGAGAAGAUCGUUAGGGGUUGCGAGGAGAGAUGCGUGUGCGGCGAGAGCGGCGCAGCCACGGACUGCAAACCGCUUUGCUCCUCGCCGUACGUUCGGGCGAACCGCGGCAUCGAGGAUCCGCUCUGUCAGGAGAAGAUCGUCAACGAGGAGCCGUGCUGCGCCAUUUUGGUCUGCGCCGCCGAUUCCGCGCCCGAACCGGAGGAGACCUGCGUCUUUGGGAACAAAACCAUAAUGAGAGGUCAACGAGUGGAGGAUGGCUGUUCCAGGGUAUGCGUCUGCGAGGCCGGUGGCAACUUGAAGUGCCAGCAGAGAUGCCCACCGAACGAUACGAUUUCCGUGACGAAUCAGCACGAUCGCUGCGUCGUGCUCACCGAUCCAAGAGAUGCGUGCUGCACGAUCACUCUUUGCGACGUCACGUUGGGCGAUCACGAGAUCAAGCCGGAAAGCUCGAGCGACCUGACGGUGAACCUGACGGACGUGAAGGUGCUGAACUCGACGGCGAUCAAGCUGAAACUGUCGGCGAAGAAUCCGCAGGACGUGACCGUCGAGAUAUCCGACAACAAUCACGUGUGGAGGCAGCAGAAACCUGACAAAGAGGGUAUCGUGUCGAAUUUGGAUCCCUCUCGCUCGUACUACGUGCGAGUUACGGACGGGACUCGGACCGGUCCGGCGCUGCAGGUCUUUCUCCCCGCGGAGGUGAUCAAGACGAACAUCUCGGACAAGACGACGGACAAGGGCUCCUGCAGCCACAUAGGCAAAACGUACAAAGUGGGCGCGGAAUGGUACGACGAGUGCAUCUCGUUCUGCACGUGCACCGAAGGUGGUAAAACCGAGUGUUUGACGAUCGAAUGCCCCACCGACUUCGGCCUCGACGUUCUCGAUCCUCACUGCCUCGACUGGGAGACCGUGCCGCCGAAUUUCGUCCCGAAACCUCCUCACUGUUGCCCGCAGGAAGUGCGAUGCAGAAAUAAUGGCUCGUGCAAUUACGAGGGUAACACGUACGACAAUUGGAGCGAGCUGGCGGCGAACGUAACCGGAUGCGAGAAACGAUGUUACUGCGAGAUGGGAAACGUGUCAUGUCAGGCAGCCUGUCCACCGGUCCCCGCUCUGCCACCUGCAACGUUGCCUUGCCCGUCUUAUCAGGCCGCGUUGAUGCAUCUACCUGGUGACGAGUGUUGCUUGGAGUGGAGCUGCGGGCAUUCGUCCAACCAGUCGCCAGGAACGAACUCAACGCACGCGUUUCCCGGCCCGUUAGCCAUAGACGCGUUCAAUCGGCAAUCGAACGACGGUAACAAAAGACCGAGUAACAAGUCGGAUACGGCCGGGCCCGGCCACCAAAUGGAUCCUGCCACAUCCUCCUUGCGGGGACAUUCGAAAGACGUUCACGCGCACACAGACACCACCACUCAUGGUCUCUUCCAUUACCCCAUGGAUCCUGGACACCCGACGAUACCGUACAACGGACCGUACAGUCCCGAUUACAAGCCUACGCAUCCCACCGUAGAGAACGUGUUUCAUUUACCACCUCACACCGAGAAACCUUCGAGCGUCUCGGCCGAACGUCUCAAAGAGAAGAGCAGCGUGAAGAUGAAGUUCGACGCUAAGAAACCGGUCGAGCCAGUCGCGCACAAACCGCACAAAGACGACUAUUUCCCCGGCCCGUUGGCGCCGGACAAAUUCUUGGACAAGGCUGGCUCGACCGUCGCGAAUGCUAAUGCAAACGAGAACCAGCAGUUCGUCCCCGGGCCCGUGAAUCCCAACAAGCUACCGCCCGUGCAGAAGACAGUGGGCCACGCGGUCGAUCAACCGCAGUUCGUGCCGCUGAGCCCGCAGCAAGAGACAGUCGGGCCAGGAUUCGUCAACACCGGUCAGACCGUUGCACAGGGCGGCUUCAACGCGCAGCUCGACAACUCUGGCUCGUCUUACGUCCCAGCCAGAGGUUCGAUCCACGGUCCGGACAACGUCGAUCCGAACGUGAUCGUGAAUAUCCCCGCGAGUCCGAAGAAGAAAGCUUCACCGAGCGACGCCGAGAAGGGCAAGAGCCCUGCGGGGCUGCCCGGUCGGCCGAAACAGGGCCAGCGAAAUCCAGAGCAGGAGAUCCUCCCGGAGGAACUGUAUCAUCUGAUCAACCUUCAACAUCCGGGUCUCGUUCAGUUGGAACACGCGCCGCCCGAGGGGCAUCCCGGCUUGUACGACAUCCAUCAACAGAUAUCCAACCAGAAACAGACGGCGAACGGCCAGCCGCGACCGGGUUUCUUCGCCGCGAGCGGCAACGGGCCGAAGAAACCCGCGAAGCCGCACGUUUACGCGCAGAAGAACGAGGACGGUCAGACGACCUACCACAUACACACGCCAGACAUACCGAACUCGCCGCAGCAGAUCGAGGAACUGCUAGCUCACAUCGGCCAACACGAUCCCAAUCCUGGACCGUUCCAACACUAUCCCGGACAGCCAGCCAUACCUCAUAGCGUGGCGAGUGGCCCGGCCGCCACUCUGCCGCUUCACAUUGACGCUCACAUACCGCAUUCUGGGCUCACGCACUUGAAUCAUCCGUUCGCAGCACAAUCGCCAAACCAGUCAGGCAUGGAGCAAAACGCGCCGAUGUUCCCGUUGCCCGGUGCCAUUUCUGGAUAUCCUGUCGCUUCCUCCUCGGACGACGUCACCGUGCAGAUUCUCGAGGCCCUCGAUGAGAACACCGUCCGACUGGUUUUCACCGUGCCGCAGGUCCUGGUCGGGCUUCAUGGACGCGUUGAGCUGCGAUACACCAAUGACAAAACAAAUUUCGACGUGUCCACCUGGAAGUCGCAAGUAUUCGCGCCGCCGAACGAUCUGAUCGCGACCCCGCAGCUCGAGUUCGAGCUAGGCGAUUUGAAGCCCUCGACCGAGUAUAAAGUAAAGAUCACGGUGAAGCUGAAGGAUCUGGCCAACAGUCCCACCAGCAAGAUCUACAGCGUGAGGACGCUGGAGAAACGGGCGGACGCGACAACGUUGCCGCCUCAAAUACCGAUCGACGCCGAGCUCCACGUUAUGGAGGCAAACUCCACGUGGGUCAACGUGAUGUGGAGGAAAUUCACCGAGUACGAGUUACAGUUCAUCGACGGCGUUCAGCUGAGGUACAAGGAGAACGACGGCAAGAUUCACGCCGAAACUCCGUUGAUCCAUAGAGCGGUGAGGAAUUACGUAAUCGAGAAUCUUCGGCCAUCGACCGUCUACGAAAUCGGUGUCCUCUUUGUUCCGUUCCCGGGACAAUUGACGGAGUUGGUCAGCGAAAAGACAAUUCAGGUGACCACGACGAUGGAACCGGAUCCGUACUCGUUCGACGUCAAAGUGGAAAUCAAGACGAUCAAAUCGACGGACGUGGAAGUAACUUGGAACGGUGUGCCUUAUCCGGAGGACAAGUACGUGAAUAUUUAUAGAGCGAUUUACCAAAGCGACAGCGGCAAGGAGGACACCAGCACGUUCAAAAUCGCCAAGAGGGAUUCGCAUCCGAGGACCGUGAUCGGCGAUCUGAAGCCGGGCACCAGAUAUCGUUUGUGGCUCGAGGUUUAUCUGACCAACGGGAGGAUAAAGAAGAGCAACGUGCAAGACUUCGUCACGAAACCCGGCGUACUUCUGCCAGCCACGGUAUCGCAACAAACUGGAAAACUAGCGUCGCUGCCCCUUCACGAGGGCGAUUACUACGGCCCUCUGAUAGUGGUAGCUAUCGUCGCGUCUCUCGCUAUCCUGUCGACCCUGAUCCUUCUAAUGAUACUCAUGAAAAGACGGACCAGCAGUAAGGCUGACAUAUCCUCCCGUAAAAGCACGUCGGCGUACGACAAUCCUUCCUACAAGGUAGAAUUACAACAAGAGACUAUGGACCUGUGAGGACACCGUUACCAUGUCGAACGGCAGAAGCAAGAACACGGACCACGAAAUGGCCAUCAUCAACAGCAAUGUCAAAGAGACCGUUUAAGGUUCUAUAAUUUAUUACGUUUUAUUUAUUUAUGGAUUGUUAUGCUCGUACGAGUUUUUACGUACCGUGGCCGUCGAAGGCCGGUUUCUCGGUUGUACGAAACGAUCGAUCGAAUGGAACUUGAAGCACAAAGGACGAACUUCAUGUGUGCACAUGAUGCACACAUGUGUGUGUUCUGGUUACAGUUUCUUCAUCGCACCGGUCGUUCAACAUGGAUUCGAUCGAUGGAAUUGCGUGCGUUGUAUUAAAAUUUGUACAUAGCGGUGUCAAGUAUCAUUAUAAUAUCACGCUAGAUGAUAAGAUAGUGAUUUAAGAAUUGAAAAUAUGUAUCAUUUAAAUAACUGCGACUUAUCUCGCAAUAUCUUCCUACACUCCAAUUGAAAAUGUACUCUGUGUGUAUUUAACAUGAGCAUUUAAGUCGUAAAUUAUCCGUAAUUUCGUUGGGACUCAACGAUCGAACCCCCAUCUUGUACAGUCUGCGUUUAUAUUGUUAGAGAUUUAUAUGAUAAAUAAGGUGUACCAUGUCCUAUAAAAAUGUUAAGACGUGAAAUGAAUAAAACUGUUUAUAAAUUA